GUGUGCGCUAUGAUUUUUUUUGAAAAUAACAGUCGUCUGCUAUAAAAACCUCGCCGUGCAUAUUUUCCGAUCUUGACACAGAAGGAAAAUAGGAUCUCCCACGAGGUAGAAGUAUCCGUGGAUCACACACCAAUGUGUUAGAUGUGUGUAGAGUAAUUGAGUGUUUUGUGAGUUGAUGUAUUUUAUUGUGUUUACGAACUACAUGUCCAUGACAACACGCAGCGUGCAUCACAAGUUUCGCUCUGGACUCUACACAAACACGAGGCACUUACAACGCGACCAGGCGAGACACUCUUCGCAGACGCAACCAAUCCAUCAUCUCUCGAGACUAAAGGAUGCCUACUGCUGUUACUGCUAACAGUAAGCUACAUCUAUUACUUGCUCAUUUCUUUUGACAGUGUGACGUAGAAGUGUUCGCAGGGCCGAAGGGACCAAGAUGAAGGGAAGUAAUUCAAGCUCACCAGACCUACAAAAUCACUCAAUGAACCAGACAGCUGGAGAUAACUGCUCUGACUCGAUGCCGGUUCCGUUAUCCCAAGACUUUUUUCAAAGUCUUGUGGUGGGCGAGAAAGUAAUGGUCGUGGUCUCCUGUUUAGUGGUCCUCGCUACACUGGCGGUGUUUGUUGAUGUGGCUGUCUACGUAGUACGUCGCUACAGCACCAGCAACGACCACAAAGCCAAAACUCUACAGAUUUUGAGUAUCUUCCCGGGAAUCUCAUUGAUUGCCAUGUUUUCUCUACUUAUACCAAAGUCCUGUGUUCUCUGUGAACAAGCUACUUUUUUGUAUAUCUCUGCCUCCAUGUACAGUUUUGUUUCCCUGUUAUUUGUCUACACUGGAGGCAAAGACAAGGUGGUGCAAUGUUUGACUGCCAACAAAAUCAGGCUGCAGUCACCCCCAUGUUGUUGCUGCUGUUGCUGUUGUCCGUCAUAUGAAGUCACUAGGGAGAAUGUUCAAAGACUGACUCUAUUAGUUGCACAAAAUGCUUAUCUGCAGCCAUUGUUAGCUUUUGUGUCUCUUGCACUGUGGCUUGAUGAUAAAUUUACAAUAGGAAAGAUUGAUGCAUCCAAUGGCUAUCCUUACAUUCUGAUUCUCAGUCAGACUUCAUUCCUGUUUGGACUCUAUGGACUCUUCAUGUUAUUUGAGUUGUGCAAGGAGGCUCUCAAACCAUUGUUCAUAGCUCCCAAAUUUUUUCUCAUCCAAUUUGUAAUCAUCCUGACUCUCCUACAAGGGUCCAUAUUUGGAACAUUUUCUAAAUAUAACAUGCCUUCCUGUAGAGGAAUUCUCUCUUCAGCAGUGAGGGGAAGAACUUAUUAUCUCAUAGCAUUAAUCAUCCAAUUUUUACUGCUGAUGAUUAUUUCAAGAUAUUUUUAUCGAAGGCCACAAAAUAAUGUUAAUUUUGAAAUCAGUGCAGAGACGGAUGAGAUGCCCAAUCAUGACUCAAGUAUGCAUAAACUUAUGGACAAAAUGGAACAGCCUGAAGCUGAAAAAGAUCUUGGUGUGGAAUCAAAAAAUUAAAAUACUUUCAGACAGAAGCUGAAAAUGUAGCUGUUGAAAUCUUGGUAUAUUUUCUCAACAUUUCAAAACAUUGCUAACUAUUGUACAGAUUGAAUUUUUUUUUAUUCAUUCAUUAGCUUUGAGUCCAAAGUAGAAAAUGUAACAAUGGGUUAAGAUUAUCAAAUUAUUUGUACAACCCAAACAAUGUUAUUUUUGCACAUUGAUCUUAUAUACAUAAUUGAUAUUUAUUGAACACUUAUUGAUUAAUAAAGAACUUUAUUGUACAACUAGUUGGUAGUUUCUGACAAAACCUUCUCUGUGAAGAAAUUGAGCUUUUAUCAUUUUCUGAAAAUCUUUUUCUUUUUUUUUUUAACUUAGGUUAACUAAAUCUGAUUGUCAUGCUAAAUUAAAACUUAUUACUUGUUGGCCAAUCAAAACAUUUUGGUACAAACUUAAGAUUAUCCUAGGCAUUAGGCAUGUACAUAGAAGUAGUUCUGUUUUAAACUUCUUGUAGUUAUGAAUGGGCCUUUAGAUUCCAUUCACUUUGUUAAUAACACUAUAUAACUAAUACAAUUAUUAUUAUACACUUAUUGAGCUAUUAUGACAUUCUCUGCCUUUAUUUUUUUUUAAAGCUAGUCAGUGCUCUUCUUUAGUGCCUUGUUCAUUCAAACUCACUUGGUCAGUCUGGUGGUGCAGAAAUGUUCAGUCACUGUAUCAAUUGCUCCAUGAGAUUAUUAGAUAAUAUGGCAUUCAAAGAAUAUAUAUUUUUCUACUAAAUGAUAUCAAAAUGUAAAUAAAAUCUAUCUAGCUCUAUUUUUAGCCUAAAACAUUAAAUGUUAUAUGUGCUCAGUAUUUAGAUGUUUCAUUGCUGUAGUUUUAUAAUGGAUAGAAACAAAUUGAAAGUGAUAUUUAAAGACAAUGUUCAUUUGUAUGAUGAAAUCCUAUUAAAUGUAAGCACUUUUGAACUCAGUCAUGUAGUCAAGCAUGCAGUAGUCAUAAAGGUUGUGAAAGCCUGUAUUUUUUGUGAAGUAAUUUUAUUUUUUUUUCUGUUUUGACUACUUAUUCAUAUGUCGGUUGCUACUUAAAGAACUAUAACUCUGUGCAAUAGAAGUUGGUAAGACAAAUAGUUCUCUUUUUAAGAGACUUCACUACAGUGUAGCUCAUGUGUUGUUUAUAUUUUUACAUAUACAUUUCUCAAAUCGAACGAAUACUAUACAAUAAUAUUUUUUCUUUCUUUUAAUAAAUUUAAUGAAAUACAAAAUAUCUAGAAUUUCAAAACAUUUAUUUCCUAUAUUUGUUGCAGCAUUUACAUUUGUUCUCCUCAUAUUGAAGCUUACUUCAUUUCCAUUUAGGUGUAUGACCAACAGAGAAGAUCUAUUGUAAUUGACCUGUGAACAUUUAUUGACCUCAUAGACUGUUUUGUACAUCUAUAUAAAUAUGUUCUCUUUCUUUUGGUGCAAUAAUAUUUUUGAAUAAGUUUUCUCUUGAUGGUAUACCAUAUCUGUUCUGUAUAUGGUUGUGUUGAUGUAUGUUUAGUGAAACUCUUAAAGGUGUUGAAUAAAAAAAUUUAUUUAAAAAAAAAUC